AUGAAAUGUCUUCUUCUCUUUGUAGCACUCGUGAUGGCAAUUCCAGAAGACCUGAACUCAACACUUAUGGCGAUCAGAAGGCUCCAUGAAAAGACCGGGUAUAGCACUUUCUACGAGGUUUUUGGGGUUCCAGAAAGCACGUCCAUUGACGCCAUAAAGAAAUUGUACCAGAGGAUGAUGAAGCGCCCAACACCGAUUCCCGGGAUUGAGAAGAGAGAGGACGCUGUUGCUCUCCUAACAGAGGCCUAUAACAUUCUAAAGAACAAAAAAUCUACAUACGAUUUUAUACUUGCAAACCCGUACCUCUAUGUCGGAAGUAAAGAAAACUUUAGGAACAAUCUCUACGUGAUAAUAAUAUCCAUAAUUGUUGGGCUGCUGGCACUUGACUUGACAUAUUUUGGUGUUAGGUAUCUGGUCUUCAUGGCCAGACCUAGGAAGACUCCGAGCAAGAAAGGAGUCAAGAGCAGCAAGGAGUCUGUGCCAUCAACGAUAACUGUAAAUGUUCUCCGUUCAAUUAAGUCCUUGAUUAAAAGGUAA